AUCACACAGAGGAGUUGGGGUUCGGCUGUCUUAGCGGCUACGUACCGAGGUAUGUGCAACGCUUGCCAGCUUGCGUCGCCCAAGUCAGCCCUGCUUGGAUGUCCUUUAUUGUUGCAGCUCUGGUCGUGGGAGAGGUUUUCUAUCGGCCGAUCAGAAGUUACGGGUGAUCACCCUAACCCUGAGCAGGAGUUGUUUGACUUAGAACACAUCGACCUGCCUACUUUCACGACAAUUUGGACACGUAACAAGAGACGCUUUGCAGACAAUCAGGUCAGGAAUUACUACCCAUCAUUCAACGAGCAGUUCGACGUGUUGCACUCUGAGGCGGUUGUCAGGGAGCCGUACACACAGGACGCCAUCGAUGAUAGAUACCCUGACGGGAUGUCCAUGGUCUGCACGAGAGAUUAUGAUUACUGGAUGACAAAAUCAAAGAUCAUCUUCGACGUCAGCGUGGAGGAGAUGGCCCAGCAGAGGGUCAUGAGGCAGUUUGGGGCACGCCAGUUGGUCGUUCCUCCACCGACAUGUGCAGUUCUACAAUUUAUGAUUGUCGUCCAGAAUUGUCCAUAAUUUAAUUGUUCAACUUUCUAUUGCGAUCUCAGGUUUACCAGGAAGGGAAGUACCAGGACCCAGACUCAGUGGCUGUAGAGGGUUCAGUCAUACGUCACAGAGUGGGAGACUGCGACGACACGGGUUU